AGUCAUCACCGUGAGUUUAGGAUUCGUAGGUGGUGUACAGAUGGAUUGCAGAAGUCGUUUGUCUGAGGAUUAAUCUCGAUCGAAGUCCUCUGAGAAAAAGCAUGCACCUCGUGUCUACUGAGCCCUCUAGUUCCGUUCUAGUGUCUCUCCCCGUGGUAGUACCUCUCAGUUUCUGCAAAGGCCAAACUUCCUACCAUGCGAGCUCAAGAGGGUUCUGAGGCGGAUGAAGAGCCGCCGACCUCGUCGGGGUUCGAGCUGCCUCUCACCAGUCAGCCUUUUCUCAAUUGGCAAUUAAAGCGUCCGCCAUGGUGCUUCGCGAUACCGACUCCCGUACUCAUCGCCUUAGCAGUCAUUCUCGCCUGCGAGACUCUCUUUUACGCGGAAUUCCCCGUCUCCUUCAGUCGGCCUCAUGCGGCUGUUAUCGAAUUCGUCGGUGACACUCAUAUCGAGGACCGCGACAGCGCGUGGCUGGCGUCCGUCGAGAUGAAACGGACGAAGCUAAACUUCUCGAAUUCGUGCGUGGACGUUCUGCGCGGUCACUUCGAUACGAAAUUCGCUUAUGCUCUAAGCGGAAAUGACACUGUAGAGGAUCCAACGCCGAGAGUUACAGGCUGUGACGCCAGCCUGUGUUUCGCGAUGCAGCAAUGGGCUCGAUUAGCGAGAGAACGGGAGUUACAGAGUAACCGCAGCAGCAGCGAUCCCGAAGUCCGCUUAUUCGGCUCCGUAGCGAGCUCCUUCUUUCGGGGGAUACUUCCACGCACAUCAGUAGCCGAAAAACACCUGACCUAUCUUAACGACCCGUUAAAAGCCGACCCGCUACCAGAGGAGGAGGUGGAGCGGCAGCAGUCGGCCGGCGUGGGGCAAAUCUGCACGGAGGCGUGGAAGCGGGGCGUGCUGGAGCGGCUGGCGAGCAGCAAAUACGCGCGGCAGAUGCUGGCGGACAACCACACGCGCACGGAGAACAUCACGGCUGGCGUUGACGCCGUGUGCGCGCGGGUGAAGGAGGUGGAGGAGGACCUGCUAAACAGGAGUGGCAGUGGCAGUGGCAGUGGCAGUGGCAGUGGCAGUGGCAGUGGCAGUGGCAGUGGCAGUGGCGGUGGCAGUGGCAGUGGCAGUGGCAGUGGCGGUGGCAGUGGCGGUGGCAGUGGCGGUGGCAGUGGCGGUGGCAGUGGCGGUGGCAGUGGCGGUGGCAGUGGCGGUGGCAGUGGCGGUGGCAGUGGCAGUGGCAGUGGCAGUGGCGGUGGCAGUGGCGGUGGCAGUGGCGGUGGCAGUGGCGGUGGCAGUGGCGGUGGCAGUGGCGGUGGCAGUGCCACAUCAUCAUGUGGUGACUGGCCUGAGGAGUGCUGGCCCGUGCCUCACAUGCCCUUCUCCCUGCUCUCUGACUUCCCCCGGCGCAAGUACCUGGUGUUCGCCAUGUCAGAGGAGCAGCUCAGCAACGCACGCGCCCACAUCAUCGAGGCCGCCCGCCUGGCGCAGAUGUCCAACCGCAUUCUCGUGCUGCCAAAGGCGAGUCGCAGCCACCUGUCUCUGGGCCGCUCGCUCCCCCUGUGCGCCUACUGGGACCUGUCCAAGCUGUCAGCCACCUCGGAGUGGGUCUCCCCGCAGUUCUUCCUGCUGCUCGCCCGCGCUGCUCUCCCCAACCCCUCCGUCGGCUUCGUAUGGGUGCAGUCGCCCUACCUGGGGCGCACGGCCUUCCACUACGAGCUAGCCUCUGGGUUUCUGGGGCAGCUGCUGCCCUUCGCCAUGGGCCACGUGCCUCUGGAGGCCAACACUCUGGACGUGAAGAUGCCUGCGAGGGACGACACCAUGGAGCUCAUGCUCAAGGCGUGGAGCGGCAAGGACGUGGUAGUGUGGUUCAAGACGACGUGGGAGCGAGUGCAGUUCCACCCCACGACGGACGACAUCGCGCUGCCUCUGCUGCCCUACCAGCAGCAGCUGCACGCCCAGGCCCAGCUCCUCCUGGCGCUGCUACCCCGCCCGCUGGUUGCUGUGCACUUCCGCUCCGAAUUCAUCGCCUUCAGAGUGCAAGAGGACAUGCUAGGUCAGGGUGGCUAUGCGAACGCGUCGAUGGUGCAGCAGCGGCUGGACUGGUGCGUGGGUGAGGCGGAGCGCCUCAUCGCCACCGUCCGAGACUCGCUCUCCCACCCCUCCCCUGCUGCUCCUGGGUCCGCUGAUUCACACGCAGCUGACAGCAGCAGCAGCAAUGCCACAAGCACCAGCAGCACUGGUGGCAAUAGCAGUGCCACCAGCAGCAACAGCAGCAGCACCGGUCCAUCCGUGUUCAUAGCAGCGGAUGUGCCGUUCAACGAGUCAACGGCGCCCGCGCGGUCGGACUCGUGGGGCGAGAUGGUGCAGUGGUACGGCGGGGACAGCCGCGUGCUCCAGUCAUCCUCUGCUGCCUUGCACCGGUUGAGGAGGAACGUGACUGGCACUGUGAUGAUCGACGAGCUCAUGCCUGAAGUCAACGCGUUCGACCCAGGCAUCGUGGCCAUCCUCGACAAGCUCGUGUGCGCCCAUGCGGACAUCUUCCUAGCGGGGUCGUGGAACUGUGGGGGCGGCCGGGGGUAUGAGAAUGACAUAGUGAGGCACAGGAGGCUUUUCAACUACUCGGAUGACACGAUGCAAAGGUGGGCAGAGAAGCGUUGAAAGACGAGGAGGCAAGGCCAGCGAAUAAAAGACGUGGAGGCUCAAACUAAGUUGGCCCACCAGGCUCUUUCUUUUUGUGUUACUGUACGAUGCUUGCAUUGGGGAGCAGCAGGCAGGCCACAUGAAGCCCAAUCGGUGAUAGUUGUUAACGUGAGAAGGAAUGAUAACUAGAGAUGGAAACCUAGAACAAAUACUAGUUGGUUGUACUCACUAGAAGCAUACUUUAGUCUAGCCUAUAACUUCUACAUAGCUAAUAUGUAUAAGUUGACAAUAGUAUGGUAUUAUUAAAACCACAUGCUAGAA